UGAAUUGAUCUAACAUGGCGACUGUACCAGUUUAUUGCAUCUGCAGAUUACCUUACGACGUAACCCAGUUUAUGAUCGAAUGUGAUGCCUGCAAGGAUUGGUUUCAUGGCAGCUGUGUGGGUGUGGAUGAGGAUGAGGCCCCAGACAUUGACAUCUAUCACUGUCCGAACUGUGAGAAGACCCACGGCAAAUCCACAUUAAAAAAGAAAAAGAACUGGAACAAGCAUGACACGGGACAAAGCACAGAUGUCAAACCAGUUCAGAACGGCAGUCAAGUAUUCAUUAAGGAACUACGCAGUAGGACAUUUCCCAGUUCUGAGGAUGUGGUCAUCAAACUCACCGGUAGUCAACUGUCAAUGGAGUACCUGGAGGAGAAUGGAUUCAAUGAACCUAUUCUGGUCCAGAAAAAAGACGGCUUGGGAAUGUCUAUGCCUGCUCCUACGUUCUAUGUCAGCGAUGUUGAAAACUAUGUUGGACCGGAUGUUACUGUGGAUGUUGUUGAUGUCACCAAACAGACAGACAGUAAAAUGAAGCUGAAAGAGUUUGUCGAUUACUACUACAGCACAAACAGAAAGAAAGUAUUAAAUGUGAUCAACUUGGAGUUUUCAGACACAAGAAUGGCCAGUAUAGUGGAGAGUCCACAGAUAGUGAGAAAGCUUUCGUGGGUGGAGAAUUACUGGCCUGAUGACGCCCUUCUGGGGAAGCCCAAAGUGACCAAAUACUGUCUGAUCUGCGUGAAAGACAGCUACACAGACUUCCAUAUCGAAUGCGGUGGUGCUUCUGUCUGGUACCACGUUCUCAAGGGAGAGAAGAUUUUCUUCUUGAUUAAGCCCACGUCUGCCAACCUUUCCCUGUACGAACGCUGGAGGUCGUCCUCUAAUCACACUGAGAUGUUCUUUGCUGAUCAGGUGGACAAGUGCUAUAAAUGCACCCUCAAACAGGGUCAAACUCUGUUCAUUCCAUCAGGAUGGAUUAAUGCAAUACUGACUCCUGUUGACUGCUUGGCCUUCUCUGGACACUUUGUCCAUAAUCUGAGUGUGGAAAUGCAGAUGAGAGCAUAUGAGGUGGAAAAACGCCUGAAAGUUGCCAGCCUCACGCCAUUCCCAAAUUUUGAAACAGCUUGUUGGUAUGUGGGACGACACUUUUUGGAGCGGUUCAAAGCUUUGCACAAAGCAAAUAAGCAACCUGCUUCUUAUUUGGUACAUGGUGCCAAAAUUAUCAAUGGAGCCUUUAGGUCAUGGACGAAGAAACAGGCUCUUCUGGAACAUGAGGAUGAGCUACCUGAGAAUAUGAAGCCAACACAACUCAUUAAAGAUCUUGCCAAAGAGAUUCGGAUUGCGGAGAAUGCAACUAAAGCCAUAAAGACUGAGUCUAGCAGCACCAAGCCCUCUGCUGAGGAACCUCCAUCAGCACCACCUGAACAUGAGGAUCCUGGGUCCCCUGCCCAAGUCCCCACACCACCCAGAGAAAAACCAGCCAGAAAGAAAGCCACCAAACCCCCCAAGCCACCCAAACCUCCUAAACCGCCAAAACCACCCAAAAUGCCCAAGGCACCCAAACCCCCCAAGGUGCCCAAAGUCAAAGAAGGAGGCAAAAAGAAAGGGAAAAAGGUGAAAGAAAGUGGUCUUCCAGAGAAAAAGCCUUCCAGCCUGGCUGCUCUUGAGUCUCAUGCCAAGGAUAUCCUGACCAAGAUGGACCAGCCCAAAAAAGGGAAAGUGACCAAGAGUGUGAUGAGUAUUAUGGAGAAAGAGCCAAGCAAGCAGAAUAAUGUUGAGAAGUUUGAAAUUCGAGAGCACAAUAAGAACAAAACUGAAGCGAAAUGGAAAUAUAAGAAUAGCAAACCAGAUUCCUUACUCAAAAUGGAGGAAGAGCACAAAUUUGAAAAAUCACCACUUGGACAUAAAGACAAUAAAUUUGCCUUUUCAAUGUCAAAUAAGAAGUUAUUAAGCUCAAAGACACUGAAGACUCAGACCAAUUCUGGUGUUUUUGGCUCGUUACAAAACCUAAAGGAAGACAAGUCCAAGCCAGUGCGAGAUGAGUAUGAAUAUGUCUCAGAUGAAGGAGAGCUCAAAAUUGAUGAAUUCCCCAUCAGGAGGAAAAAGAAUGCAGUCAAAAGAGAUUUUUCAUUUUUAUCAGACAUCAAAGAGCCCAUUCAGCAAUCAAAAAAGCCAAAGCUUCAACCAUCUGUUUUCAAAAAUAAUGACUCAUCAGAUGAAGAAUCACUCCACAUUGAUACAGAGCCCAAGUCAGAGGUCAAAGGUCGCAACUCCAAGGUCUCAAAGAAGAAAGGGGGCAGUGCAGCUGGGAUUCUUGACCUCUUACAGGCCAGCAAGCAAGUCGGCGGCAUUGACUACAGUGCAAACAGUCAGCCACCUGCAUCCCCCAGCACACAGGAGGCCAUUCAGGGCAUGUUGUCCAUGGCUAACCUGCAGUCUUCAGAGUCCUGUCUACAACCAGCUUGGAGCAACUCCCAGGCUAAGAACAACUCCCAUGGUGGACCAGCUGGCAAGAAGCCCAGUGGUACAGCCAGCGGAGGAAGCAACAGCAAGCGGCCGGCUAAACGACUCCCGAAGAAAAGUCGGAAAAGCAGCAGCGUGGACAGUGCAGAUAUGUUUGAUGAUGACCAGGACCACCUGGAUGCCUGCUUCAAAGACUCUGAUUAUGUUUACCCCUCUCUGGAAUCGGAAGAGGAUAAUCCCAUUUUCAAAUCCAGAUCUAAGAAAAGGAAAAGCUCAGAUGACACUCCAUACAGCCCAACAGCACGCGUCGGCCCCUCUGUUCCGCGACAGGAGAGACCAGCGCGAGAGGGAGCACGAGUUGCUUCCAUAGAAACAGGACUGGCUGCGGCUGCCGCUAAACUGUCCCAUCAGGAGCAGCAGAAGACCAAGAAGAAAAAGAAGAGCACCAAAAAGAAGGUUAUUGUGGUGGAGGAGCCCCUUAAACACUCUCAGGACAGCAGUUCUCCAGAGCCAACUCCCGACUCGCAGGAGGCCGACCAGGCCGACCACGAGUACAGCACUGGAACCGGCAAGACGGUGGGUGGCUCCCAGCCCAUGGCCCCAGGGGUCUUUCUCACCCAGAGACGGCCCUCCACGUCAUCUCAGAAUAACUCAACAGCAUCUGCUAAAGCUGAGCGAGGGGUUUCUGCAGAUGCUAAAGCCAAACGGUUAAAGAAAGGCAUGGCGACAGCCAAACAGAGACUUGGAAAGAUCUUAAAGAUCCAUCGGAAUGGCAAGCUCCUUCUGUAACUUGGACAGUGGAGGACUUUGGUAUUCUCCUGACGGACUCAUGGACUAGCCUAACCUGAUCCCUCCUCAUUCAUCCGAGACAAGAGCAGUAACAAACUGAAAAAUGAGGGAAGAGAGAGCAAAUCACAUCUUUUCAAUUUCUAAGAAGAACAUAGCUAAA